CAGCUGCGGCACUGCUGCGCGCCCGAGUGCAACGAGACCUUCGCCACUGCAGGGGGACCCUUUUCCCGAUGCGCCGGGUGCGGCGUCCUGUGCUACUGCUCACGGGAUUGUCUGAAGAACGCCUGGAGACAUGCGAAGGCCCCUCACAAGGACAUCUGUCCGAAGCUGCGAGUGUUGCAUGAACGGACGAAUCUUCCGCGGAAACGAAUCCCAGAUCAGUUCCGCGACCUC